UCAGCACUCUUACUCCCGGAGCGCGCCCCCGCUCCGUGACGCGCGCCCCGCGCUGUCUGUGUCUCUCGCGCCCCCUCGCUCAGUCAGUCGGAGCCUCCGUUAAGCGACGGCAGGAUCCUGUUUCCGUAUUUUUACUCCCCCCCCCCCCACACACAUCCGCAUCCGCGCGCCGGCGCCUCCUCAGAGCCGGCACCCGCAGCAGGAGGGGAGCCCGCGGCCGGUGCUGCCACUCGGGGCAAAGUUCAGGUUGUUUGUGUUGUCACAGAAUGAUACUGGCUCUUUAAGAGGGAGGAGGGCCAGUGUACCUGUGCCUCAUCAGCUCACUGCUUCUGGGUUUAAAAGAAGGCACCUGGACCGAGUGAGAGAAAGAGACGAGUGAGUUGGGGCUGCCUGAGUACAGACUGGAGGAGUAAGCAGUGGAGCAGGUCACUGUCAUCAUAAAAUCCAAGGAGAGAAGCAGAUACAUGUGAUACAGCCUCAAGUGGUAGAAAAUCCUCAUUACCUUCCAUAGAAGAAAAAAGACACAGCCCCCACCGCAACAGUGGGACUGGAGCAGCUGUCUACCCCUGCCACAAGAGGAGGAACAGGGCUAGAGCAGCACCUGGUGGUCAGCGGCCAGGGCUGGAGCAGCAGUGGGGCUGGGUCAGUCCCCUGGGCUGGAGCAGCGGUGGUUAUCCCCUGCUGCAGUAGCAGCAGCAGAGCUGGAUCAACUUCUGGCACUCCAGCCUUCUGAACAGUUUCGUUUCUCUGAGUAUACCAAAGCCAGGUUAUUUCUGCAACCAUAUAAGGACCAGAAACAUCAUUUUUUAAAAAGAGCUUCUGGAUUACAGUUCUGUGUUAAUUUCACCGACUGCUGGAUCAGAGGAAACAGUUAUUUCCCUAGAAGCCCAUCAUACAACUGUUCCUAUUUCCUACUGUCAUGGAGAAGAAUAUAAAACGAAGAAGCACGUGAUAUUAAAGCUUUCUUAAGGAUCUCUCUUAAAGAAUUGCUCUAGGACUAACACUGAUUAUAAUUUGUCUUAACCAUAAUGUGGUGAAACAGAGGAACAGAAGUUGCCCAUCUUUGUGCCGACUAAGGAAUUACAAUGUUUAUUUUGUGAACUAAAACAGUUUUGCAGUGAACCGAGCAUCUGAAAAUGCGGCCAUGGACUGGUUCCUGGCGUUGGAUUAUGCUCAUCCUCUUUGCCUGGGGGACCUUGCUAUUUUAUAUAGGCGGACACUUGGUACGAGACAAUGAACACCCAGAUCACUCCAGCCGUGAACUAUCCAAGAUACUUGCAAAGCUUGAACGUUUAAAACAGCAAAAUGAAGACUUAAGGCGGAUGGCAGAGUCUCUCAGGAUACCGGAUGGUCCCAUUGAUCAGGGGCCAGCUGCAGGAAGGGUACAUGCUUUAGAAGAGCAGCUUUUAAAGGCCAAAGAACAGAUAGAAAGCUAUAAGAAGCGAACAGGAGAUGCAGGCAUGGGGAAAGACCAUGAAAUAUUGAGAAGAAGGAUUGAAAAUGGAGCCAAGGAACUUUGGUUUUUUCUUCAGAGUGAAUUGAAGAAGUUGAAAAAUUUGGAAGGAAGUGAACUCCAAAGACAUGUUGAUGAAUUUCUAUCUGAUCUGGGUCACCAGGAAAGGUCGAUAAUGACAGAUCUGUACUACCUCAGUCAAACAGAUGGAGCAGGUGAUUGGCGAGAAAAAGAGGCCAAAGAUCUGACAGAGCUGGUACAGAGGAGAAUAACGUACCUUCAGAACCCCAAGGAUUGCAGCAAAGCCAAGAAACUUGUGUGUAAUAUCAACAAAGGCUGUGGCUAUGGCUGUCAACUUCAUCAUGUUGUCUACUGCUUCAUGAUUGCAUAUGGAACACAACGAACGCUCAUUUUGGAGUCUCAGAAUUGGCGCUAUGCUACUGGUGGCUGGGAGACUGUCUUUAGACCUGUAAGUGAGACAUGCACUGACAGAUCAGGCACUACCACUGGACACUGGUCAGGUGAGGCAAAUGAUAAGAAUGUUCAGGUGGUGGAACUUCCCAUCGUUGACAGUCUACACCCACGACCACCUUAUUUGCCAUUGGCUGUCCCAGAAGACUUGGCUGAUAGACUAAUUCGUGUCCAUGGGGAUCCUGCGGUGUGGUGGGUCUCGCAGUUUGUCAAAUAUUUGAUUCGCCCACAACCAUGGCUAGAAAAGGAAAUCGAAGAAGCAACAAGGAAACUUGGUUUCAAACAUCCAGUUAUUGGUGUUCAUGUCCGAAGGACAGACAAAGUGGGAACAGAGGCAGCAUUUCAUCCCAUUGAAGAGUACAUGGUACAUGUUGAAGAACGUUUCCAGCUUCUUGCCCGCAGAAUGCAUAUAGACAAAAAACGAGUUUAUUUGGCUACGGAUGACCCUUCGCUACUACAAGAGGCAAAAUCGAAAUAUCCAAAUUAUGAAUUUAUCAGUGAUAACUCCAUAUCUUGGUCAGCUGGACUACAUAAUCGAUACACUGAAAACUCACUGCGGGGUGUUAUUCUGGAUAUCCACUUUCUGUCUCAGGCAGACUUCCUGGUCUGUACGUUUUCCUCACAGGUUUGUCGAGUUGCCUAUGAAAUCAUGCAGACUUUGCAUCCAGAUGCUUCAGCACAUUUCCACUCUUUGGAUGAUAUCUACUAUUUUGGAGGACAAAAUGCACACAACCAGAUUGCCAUUUAUGCCCACCAUCCACGAACUGCUGAUGAAAUCCCCAUGGAACCUGAAGAUAUAAUUGGUGUGGCUGGAAACCACUGGGAUGGUUACUCUAAAGGCAUCAAUAGGAAAUUAGGGAGAACAGGCCUGUACCCAUCUUACAAAGUAAAGGAGAAAAUCGAAACAGUCAAGUACCCUACAUACCCAGAGGCUGACAAAUAGAACAAAAGAAGGAGGGUUGUCACUCACUCUUAACUCUAAUUUGUUUGAACCAACCAACAUACAGAAGGCUUAUAUGGGAUUUGAAUUCACAUUUUAACAUGUAGUUAAAAUGAAAGCCUUUAGCAUUCAGACUGAAUAAGAAGCUUGGAGCAAAUGGACAGGCCAUUAUUUGAACUUCGUGUUGAACUUUUUUUUGUUAUAUGCACUCUCACACAUGCGCGUGCACACAUCCUCCCAGGAAAACUGUUGUUUUAUACUAUUUGUCUCUUUCAAGAUUUGUCCCUAUCAUUAGUCAUGCGUGAGCUUUGUGCUCUCUUCUUUGCCAUUAAUUGACUAUAAUACUCAGACUUACAACACUGCCAUAUUGUGUAAUUUGAGCGACAUGAACAUAUUUUGUAUGUAUGGAAUUUACAACAUGGUGCCUAUAUUUGAAAGAUCUGUGACCUUUUCAGAAGAGCCAUGCCCAGUUCCACUGAUAGGCAAGAAUUGAUCUUUAACUGGUCUUGUCACGAGCGGUGAACUUGCUCCAACCAACAGAUUCAAAAAUCAGACUAGAUCUUUUUUCUUUACAAGAGACAUUUAAAAGAAACAAUUCCAUUAAUUAGUUCACCUCAUUAAUAAUAAAGGAUACAUCCAAACAAUAAAAUAUUCACUGUCUGUUAGGAACUUUUGUAAACAAUGCCAUGAACAGAUUCUUUAGUACUGUAUGUUUCUGGACAUUGUCUUUGAUAACAAAAAAUAAAUUUAAAAAACAUGUA